CCGUCGGUUAAAUGGAUCUGGCUUGUCCAAAGGUCACCAAAGGCGAAUCACACGUUCCGGGGACUCUGCAACGUUCAUAAAUACGAGUCGGUUGCCGAGCCUCUGAAUUCUGAUCACGUGAACACGGGGAUGGUCGUAACGGUCGUAAGUGUGAAACCACGCUCAUAACUCCCAUUCUCCAGUGCCGUCCUAAGUUCAAACGGUCACUAAACGAAUCGUAUUAAGUCGAGGACUUCCGGCUAACUUUCCCGCAAUAAAUACAGCAAUAUAGAGACUGCUUUUCCGACGGAAAUCGGCGUCUGUUUCUCGGGAAACUUUCACAGGUUCAGAAAAUGCAAAGCUCCUGUGAAGCAGGACCUCCAUCCUUGGGGAGGGGAGGUGUUUCCUGGGGGCUCCAAGGAGGCGGGGCCGAGGUGGGUGAGGUCACAGAACCUCUGGCUUUAGCCAAUGGGAAGCCAGCAGGAAGCAGUGGGCUGGCAUUUUCUUUUCAAACCAUCAACAGCCGGUUGGAAGAUUUUGAUUCAGAAGUCUCAACCCGGCUGAAGGCAUCUAGCCAUCUUCAUGUUCUGGCCACGGGCGGUCAGAGGAGCCCCAACCAUAUGGACCAAGGUCUUCUGGACGGGCCGGGGUGCCGGAGCUCCGUCGUGCGGCGCCAGCCGGCGGUUUUCCACGACGUCUCCCGUCCGGCAGCUGCAGCGUCAGCGUCUCCGCCACCUCUCCAUCCAUGAAUACCUGAGCAUGAAGCUGCUGAAGGAGGCUGGCGUCUGCGUCCCGUACGGCUUGGUGGCCAGGAGCCCCGAGGAAGCGUACAAGGUGGCCCGGAAGAUCGGCACCAACGACCUGGUGGUGAAGGCCCAGGAAGCCAAGGAGGUGGCGGCCCAGAUGAUUGGCAAGAAACUCGUCACCAAGCAGACGGGCGAAAAAGGGCGGAUCUGCAACCAGGUUCUGGUCUGCGAGCGCCGCUACCUGCGGAAGGAGUACUACUUCGCCAUCAGCAUGGAGCGGGACUUCCAGGGGCCGGUGAUCGUCGCCAGUUCUCAGGGCGGCCUCCGGAUCGAAGACGUGGCGGCCGACAAGCCGGAGUCCAUCCUGAAGGAGCCGGUGGAUAUCGUGGCGGGCCUGCGACGCAGCCAAGCCGUCCCGUUGGCCAAGAAAAUGGGCUUCCCUUCGGAGCUGGUGGAAGAGGCGGCAGACAACAUGAUCAAGCUCUACAACUUCUUCAUUGAUUACGACGCCGUCAUGGUGGAGAUCAACCCGCUGGUGGAGGACUCCACGGGGAGGGUGAUGUGCAUGGAUGCCAAGGUCAUCUUCGACAGCAACUCGGCCUUCCGCCAGCAGAAGGUCUUCGAGCUUCAGGACUGGACCCAGAUGGACGAGAAGGAGCGGGAAGCGGCCAACGCGGAGCUCAACUACAUCGCUUUGGACGGCAACAUCGGUUGUCUGGUCAACGGGGCGGGCUUGGCCAUGGCCACCAUGGAUAUCAUCAAGCUCCACGGAGGCGCCCCAGCCAACUACCUCAGUGUGGGUGGCGGGGCCACGGUGGAGCAAGUCACCGAGGCCUUCAAGCUGAUCACCUCCAACGAGAAGGUCCAGGCCAUCCUGGUCAACAUCUUCGGAGGCCUCAUGCGGUGCGACGUCAUUGCGCACGGGAUCAUCAUGUCCGUCGAGGACCUGGAGCUCAAAAUCCCCAUCGUGGUGCGCCUGCAAGGCACCCGGGUGGCCGACGCCAAAGUCCUGAUCGCUGAGAGCGGCUUGAAGAUCCUGCCCUGCGACGAUCUGGACCGGGCAGCCAAGAUGGCUGUCAAGCUCUCCGAGAUCAUGACGUUGGCCAGAGAGGUGGACCUCGACGUGAAGUUUCACUUGCCCCCCUGAUUUGGCUUUGCCACAGCGCCGUUCCGGAACUCCCUCCCUCCCUCCCUGAGUGCACAUCUCUGGUCCUUCCUCCCUCCUGUUUAGUGUGUGGGAGAGUUUUGACUGCGUCGACCGUACGGCUCCGUUUCAACGGGGCUCCGCUGCGCAAACAUUCCCACGAUUACUGCCCUUGUGGACCCCUGUGGUCUCGUGAAUUCUUGCCGGGGAAAAACCUGGGAUGUGAAAAUACUUUUCCUGCUAAUAAAAUCUGACUUUAAAGGAAGUUUGUUUCUCUGACUGUUGGGGGGAGGGAAAUAAGGCCGGGUCUGUUGGGGUUGGAGGCUCUGCUGAGGGACAAGUGGGGGAGGGACUGUGCUGGAGAUCCUGGACUGCACACCUGGGAAGGGCGUUUUCUUGCAGGAGUCAUUCCUGAUGGCUUUGGGGUCAGUUUCUUUCUUUCUUUCUUUCUUUCUUUCUUUC